AUGGAAGAUGUUUCGAAAUUGCUUUCAGGUUUUGUACGUGACGAUCGGUCCGGGGUGGGCAAAAAAUCUGAAAUUUUCAACAGAUCCGAGGUGGGCGAAAAAUCGGAAAUUUUUGACAGGUCUCGUUGGGUCAUUAAUUGCAGUCAAACCGGUCUCUUGCGAGCAACAUUGCAAUAUUGUCCCGCUAUUUUGAUAUAGGCCGAUUGCUCUGAACAAUUCGUAAGCCACGCGAACAAAUUGCAAGUUUAAAUUCACAAAAGAUUUGGAAACAAAGCCUCUGAUUGGACUAUAAGAAAAAGGGAAUCAAAUCCAGUUGCACAGACUAUUUGAUUGGCUUCCUUUUUACUAUGUCGAAUCAGAGGCUUUGUUUACAAAUAUUUUGUCAAUUUCAACUUGCAAUUUGUUUGCGUCGCUUGCAAAUUGCUCAGAGCAAUCUGCCUAUCAAAAUUGCAAUAUUGCGGAACAAUAUUGCAAUGUUGCUCGCAAGAGAACAUCCGGUUUGAGUAAACAGAUAUCAAAUUUCAUCGCGCUCGAACAGCGGCCUAUUGAAGACCAUUCAAACCAUGACGAGAUGAAGCUCUUUUAUAUUUUAUUUCUUUCCAUUUUCUCACUUGUCAAUUGCGCAAGCAGCAGAGGGCCAAAGGUAACACAAAAGGUAAGAUUCUUUUAUUAAAUUUUGCGCAAUGUGUGUUUAUGUGUGCGCAAAUAAAUAAAACUUCGUGUCAGAACAAAGAAGCUAUUUUAUAUUUGUUAUGUCCAGCAGAAAUCGUAUCAAACAUAGACCGCGAGCAGUAACAUUGAAGUAAAUACAUUUCAAGGACAGUUUUCUCUCUGACGGUGGUUUACGCUGUCAAACAGUUUGAUCAAUGUUAAUGCAUAAGGAUCAAAACUCUUCGAUAGUAAAACCGGCCCGAGGAAGUUACCAUGAAUUGAGCAUGAACUUGCGCUGAUUCGAGUGAAAUUUUAAUAAAACCUGAAUUAUUAUUAGCCAAAUCAUGACAUGGAUUGCAGUUUCAAAUGCUCGCUUCAAUAGGCUUCAUUCAUAAUUUGUAAGUUCAGCCCGUAACUGCGAUCCGUGACUAUAAGCCGGAUGCAAUAUUUUUCACAACACUAAGUAUGGUGCCUCUGGUAGUAUAGACCGCUGGGCAGAGUCUGUAAAAUGGGUGUCAGUAGUAGGUGCGAGAUGUAUUUAUACCGUACGCCCUGGCUGUAUGAGGGAGUUUAAGGUGCCGACAACGAACAACGGGAACGGAAUAUGUGGUUUUGCAUUGUUUUAACUGAGGCACACAACAUUUACAUAUCCCCAGAGCAUACUUUUCACUGUGGCAACAUUUGUAUUUUAUUUGUAUUCCUUAGUUCUUCGGCAGCCGUCGUCGCGUCAUAUCAAUGGCGUCAGCGAGUCAAUAUGAUUCUCCUCGUCGUAGUAAUAUGGCGCAAACGCGUCCAAAUUUUUUUCAUAUUGACUCUUUGACGUCAUUUUGCUAAUAUGAUGUGAAAAAUCCGUAUUUGGUUAACCAUUGAGUUGAUAUGACAAUUUCACAGUUGGCUGUUAGCUAAUCAGAAACCAGGAAUUUUUUAAAUAAAUAAUAAAAUACCUUAUUGAAUUCUGAUCGUUUAAUUGGCUGUUUAUGGUCACGUGAUAUUGAAUAGAAAAUUCCGUUUCCCAAGAAUGCAAUGGAAUACUUCCAUUGCAGUCUUUGUGAGUGCGAGUGCAAUUGCACUAUACGUUUUAUUCCAUUGCACUUUUUGUGUUUUGAAUGAUUUGAAACAUUCAGUUUCUGUUAUAUUUGUGUGUAUUUAUUUUAAUAGUAAAUGGUGUUUUAAUUAAACUGUUCUUGAAAAAGCAAUAUUAGUCUAUUUUGGUAUUAUAUAAAACAAAUAAUGAAUGUUUUUAUUCGUGCAAUGGUAAGAAUAUUUUCAUUCGGUGAAAGAUGGAAUGUUCCAUUCAACUCGGCUGUCGCCUCGUUGAAUGGAACAUUCCAUCUUUCACUUCAUGAAAAUAUUCUUGCCAUUGCACUCAUAAACAUUCAUUAUUUGUAUAUUGGCAGGGAUAAGAUUUCAUUACUAUAAAUAGUGCCAUCGCAAUUUACAUUUUCUUCUUCAGGCUUACUUUGACAUCACAAUAGGAGAUGAAAAACAGGGUCGGAUUGUUAUUGGUUUGUUUGGCGAAGUAGUGCCAAAAACUGUGAGAAAUUUCGUUGCCCUAGCAACGCACGAGGUAAGCACACACGAGAACGAGAUCGAAAGCCGGUCAGUGGCAGCCUAGUCCCUAGGCCUCUUAGUACGCCUAUUUCGCGUAAGCGUGCACAGAGGACUAGGGCUAGUCUGGGUCAGUGGAUGGCAAAAUACCGACUGGUUCCAAGGGGUAAUAUAUAUUCGGAAGUCUGCCGCAGGGGGAGUGGUCUAAUCAAAUAAUCGUCGAAUACACAGAAUAACUAUGCAUGGGGUCCGGCCGGAAAAUGUUUCUAUUUUUAUGGCCUGCGGAAUGCUAUUUCAUCUAUAACUAACAGACAACGGCAAAAUCUCAUCUAUUUGUCUUAUAUAAUAAAAAGAAAACCCCCAAAUUAAACAAAUAAAUAGCUUACUUUUUGUCCACCCAAACAUUUGAAAAUUUGAAAAAGUCGAAAUUUUACAAAUAUCACGCGUACGGCGUACAUAAUCUAUACAAAUAAGGGAAUGCUAUUGGAUAAGGUUUUGUGCGACGUAAUUCCGUGUGUCUGUCCCAUAGAAAUAAUAGACAUUCUAAUAUUUCUAUUGUCUAAUAUUUCUAUGGUCUAAUAUUUCUAUGGUCUGUCCUCUAAUAAAUCAUGGAUCUCGAUCAAUGUAUUAUUGAAUUCUUAACGUUAUUAUAUAAUUGCUAUAUUACGCUAUGUUCCAGACGAAGGGCCUUCGCUCGAAACGUUCAAUCAAUUCAUCUGCACUUCUGUGGAUUAAUUUUAUUUUUCUAAUAUGUAGAAGGGAUAUGGUUACAGAGGAAGUAAGUUUCACAGAGUUAUCAAGGAUUUCAUGAUACAAGGUCAGUUUAUGCACCACAGCAGACAAGUCAUUCAGGGAAUCAAACAGGAAAUAAUGUUUACUGAUAGAAUUCCGUAUAAUUAUGUAAAUAUUAUAUAAUAUAUGUUAUGUACAAUUUAAAACAUGAGCAGCAGUGUUUUAUCAGAUAUAAAGAUUCCAGGUGAAGCCGAGUAUUUUUAGGUCUGAUUAAAAACGCACUGCGAAUGUUUUAAAUUGCUUCAAUCGACUAGUAAGUUCAUUGACAUUGGCGAAGUAAUUUUCAAAAAAUACGUUGUGUAAGUCGAGAAAAUCAAAGUUAAAGUUUAUGUAAAUCAAGGGAAAUCACAUAUAGAGAUACGACAUUCUUAUGAUUUUUCUUCGUGUUUUCCUCAUGAAUUAUUAAUGAGUUUUUGAAGAUAUAUAUGUUUAGGUUAUUUAGAGACUGCUUCUAUCUAUCUGUAGGCGGUGACUUCACACAUGGAAAUGGCCGAGGGGGUAUGUACAUGAUGACAUAAACUGAAUUAAGUUAUAAUUGGAUAUUAAAGGCACAGUUAAGCCUUUUGAAU